CCGUUAGUCGGGGCUAAAGAUCAAGGUUGCUGGUUUUGUCAACUGUGUUAAAAAGCGUGAGGUACUAUAUCGAUAAAUCAACAGUUUUCGGGUUGAUUUCUCGUUUUUACCGCGGGUUGAAAAGAUAUGGCGAAUCGCACAGUGAAAGAUGCGGUUACUGUGAAAGGAACAAAUCCGCAGUAUUUGGUGGAAAAGAUUAUAAGAUCGCGUAUUUAUGACAGCAAGUAUUGGAAAGAAGAAUGCUUUGCUCUUACAGCUGAACUGCUUGUAGACAAGGCAAUGGAACUUAAGUACAUUGGUGGAGUUUAUGGAGGAAAUAUCAAACCAACACCUUUCUUAUGUUUGAUUUUGAAAAUGCUUCAGAUUCAACCAGACAAAGAUAUUAUUGUGGAAUUUAUAAAGACCGAGGAUUUCAAAUAUGUUCGAUGUCUUGGUGCUUUUUAUCUGCGAAUCACAGGAACGUCACUGGAUUGCUACAAAUAUUUAGAACCUUUGUAUAAUGAUUUCAGAAAAAUAAAGAAACAAGGAAGAGAUGGGAAUUUUGUGAUCGCACAUGUUGAUGAAUUCAUUGAUACUCUUUUACGAGAAGAUCGUGAAUGUGAUAUUAUUUUACCCAGAAUUCAGAAGCGACACAUUUUAGAAGAAAACGAAAAGCUAGAGGUCCGAGUAUCAGCUUUAGAAGAUGAUCUCGAUGAUUUAGGAGAAUCAAGCGAUGAUGAAGCUCCUCCGUCACCUGUACCUGAGAGAAAAGAAAUUUUACGAAGGCACAGAAGUCCAUCACCAAGGCAUCGCAGAGAUCAUGAUAGAAUCAGAAGGUCUCCCUCCCCAAGAUAUAGAAGAUCAAGAAGUAGAUCACCAAGAAGAAGGCAUAGAAGUCGGACACCACCAAGGCGACAUCGUUAUGACAGAUCACGUUCAAGAUCUCCAUACAAAUCAUCUCAUCACAGACAUAAGGAUGAUGAACACAAAUCAAAGAAGAAACACAAGAAGAAUAAAAAGGAAAAGAAGAAAGAAAAAUCUGGAGAAGAUUUAGAGAUUCAACAAGCAAAUGAAUUAAGAGCAAAGUUGGGACUAAAACCAUUAAAAUGAGAUGACAUGAGAACUCAUCAAAAAGAGCAACUGGCCAAAUUCAGAUCACAGAAACUUAGUGCAGCAGGCUAGGAAUGCUGUGUCAAAAUAUUGACUAUAAAGAUCAAUGCAAUGCUGCUCAUUUUGUUGCUACAAUUAUGGGCCUUUUCAUUAGGUAUUAAAACAAAAACACAAUACAUGUUGCAACAUGGCCACUGAACAAAUUUAUGGAAACUUGAGUACCGCAGACCAAACAAAAUUAAGAUUACUACAUUGACAAUUCGAGCAUGUUAUAUUGAUGCUACCGGUAUGGGACUCAGUUUGUUGACCUGAUAUUGAAAGAAAGCUUCAUUACUUGAUUUAUUGCUUGAUAUCGGCCAACCUUUGUAAACUGAGAAUGCUUCAUCAAAAUAUUGAAAAUUAAAAAAUAAUGUGAGCUGGGAAAUCUAAUGUCUGUAUAUUGCUGCAUCGUCAUUGAAAGAACGCUACAUUUCUUAAGCCCUUUGUGGAUAGAUAUUAUUCUCUGCUACAUUCAUAGUUCAUACUUUGACGAGCUGUGAUUGUAAUGUCGCAGCGAUGCUGUUAGCUGUUGCGCUCCAACUAGGCAAUUUAAAUUUAUAACCCCACUUUGAAAAUUCUUGGUCACGCCCAUUCUUCUGGUACUAAAUAAACUACAUGGGCAUACUUGGAUGCAUUUUGUAUUCAUAUUAGCACCAAAUUUUAUCCAAUUUGUCCCUUCCGGCUCUACAUGCUAAACUACCAUAACUUAAUUACUGUAUUCCCUUUUUAUAAAUUGUUGUUUACUAUGAUACUAGAGAAUGGCCUUUUACAAAUGAUGAACUUACAAAUAAUGAAGACAAAGUUGUGCAAGUCUAACCAAAUUAUUCUGAUUUUUCCAAUUCUAUUUGGGUGUUUUCCCAAGUUUUACUUCCUUGAUUACUUCCCUAAGAUUAACGAAUCAGCAAACUGUUUUAACAUUUGAAAUUUUUUGAGGGGUCUUAAUAUUAGAUCUUUAUUUGUUAGUUUUUAAUAUCUUUACAAAAUUUGGGAAUAAAUAAGAUAACUCAAUUGUCAUUUUGUAUUUCAAUUUAUUUUUAGGUGUAGCGAUCGGAGCCCAAAUAAAUCUGACAGGCUAGGUUUUAACCUUUGCCAGACUGGGAAGAUUAUAUUGCUUUGGGAGAGUUUGUUUUUGGCUUGCUUCACUGAUGUUGUUAAUUUAAUUAGCAUUAUUUUUAUUUAUUGAAUAUUUAAUCUGCACUAUAGAUAGGGCGUGACUCGUGCACAACUCAAAAAAAAGAUUCUGAAGUGAUA